AUGGGCCCAUUUUUGACAGGAGGGCUCGGGCUGUCGGCAGCAGCUGUCCACUGGCAUUUCAGGCGUGCCGCCUGGCUGACAGCAGAGGCGCACAGGAGCCGGGAGCAGUCCACUCUUACUCUUGUCCUCACUCUCGCCCUUGCCCUGAGGUGUCACCCUGAGGUCUCCUUGAUCUUCCGCCCGCCUCUCCCACACCCGUGACCCCUACAGCCAUGGCGGAGCAGCUCAACGCCAGUGAGGAGAAGAUCCUGAGGGACAGCCACACCAAAGAGAUCGACCUCAUAAACCGGGACCCCAAGCAGAUCAACGAGGAUGUGGUCAAGGUAGAUUUUGAGGAUGUGAUUGCGGAGCCUGACGGUACCCACAGCCUGGACGGGGUGUGGAAGGCCAGCUACACCACCUUUACCGUCUCCAAGUACUGGUGCUACCGCGUGCUGUCGGCCAUCUUUGGCAUCCCGGUCGCCCUGCUGUGGGGCUUCCUGUUCGCCUGCAUUUCCUUCUGCCACAUCUGGGCGGUGGUGCCUUGCAUCAAGAGCUACAUGAUCGAGACGCAGUGCCUGAGCCGCAUCUACUCCCUCUGCAUCCACACCUUCUGCGAUCCACUGUUCGAGGCCCUGGGCAAGAUCUUCAGCAGCAUCCGUGUGGCCCUGCGCAAAGAAGUAUAACCCCUUUACAUCUUCGCCAUCUGUGUGAGAGCCCCAACUCUUUCAUAAGAUCUGUGACCCCUUCCCCAGCACACAGAGCAUGAUUUCUGUUCAUGCUCAAGCCCUUGGUGAUAGGCAGGCCUCUGUGUCACUACCUGUCGAUGAGGUGCAGUGCUGAUGACAGUGUCUCUUCUGCCUCUUAGCAUAUCUAGGUGACAUCACUUAUGGCAAA